AUGUUUGCACGUUUAAAUCCUGAAUGUAGAUGUGAUGAAGUUGAUAACGUGAACGUGCUGGUGCAGGAUCUGCGUCUGUGUUCAGUUAAACAGUGUGAGGAUGUCAGACGCUGCUUCUGCUUUCAGCUCAUCACACCUACAAAGACCUGGAUGCUCCAGGCUGAUUCAGAGAAGAUCAGACAGGAUUGGAUCAGAGCCACACAGAGCAGCAUCAUCACAGCCUUCAGCACCACAUCAGAUCAGGAGGACGCCGAGCUGAAGAGCGAUGAUGAUGAUGAUGAUGAUGUGGAGGCUGAAGAUGGGAUCAUGAUGGAGGGUUUUCUGUUCAAGAGAGCCACUAAUGCAUUUAAAACAUGGAGCAGACGCUGGUUCUCCAUAAAGAACCACCAGAUUCUCUACCAGUCCAAGUUUAAGAAUAAAACCACCGUGAUGGUGGAGGAUCUGCGUCUGUGCUUGGUUACACCGUGUGAGGAAACCCGACGCUGCUGCUGCUUCCAGAUCAUCACACCUACAAAGAGUGUUACACUGCAGGCUGAUUCAGAGGAGACGAGACAGGGUUGGAUCAGCGCUAUACAGAGCAGCAUCAUCACGGCCUUUAACAGCACAUCAGGUCAGGAGGUGAAGUCAGUGCUGACCACAGGACCUUCACAGAAAGAUGAAAGUCCAGUACAGAAGAUCAGGGCUAUCGAGGGGAACGACACGUGCUGCGAGUGCGGCCGGCCCGAGCCGGAAUGGGCCAGCGUUAAUCAGGGGAUCACACUGUGUAUCCGGUGUUCCGGCAUCCACAGGAGUUUAGGAGUAAACAUCUCCAGGGUGAGGUCUCUAAUUCUGGACACGUGGACACCUGAAACCAUUCAGCUUAUGUGCGAGCGAGGAAACAACAUGAUGAAUCUGAUCUAUGAAGCUCGCAGGGAGGAACUCGGGAUCAGAAAACCUCAGCCUGGAGACUCAAGGGACGAUGUGGAAUCUUACAUCAGAGCCAAAUACAUCCAGCAGCGCUUCAUCAGGAAGGAACCUGAUCAAGAACCUCAGCUGUUGUCAGAAGAACCACGACUGCUGGCCGAGGAACCACGACUGCUGGCCGAGGAACCACGACUCUGCUGA